UCUUUUACUGCAAGAUGUAUUAAGCUCAUUUUCACACACAGCACAGCACCAUGACAAGCAACGAGCAUGAAGGAUUGAAGCUGAAGCGGGAGGUAGGGUUAAUUAGUGCGAUCUCUCUGGUCGCAGGCACUAUGAUAGGAUCUGGGAUCUUCAUGUCCCCUCAGUUUGUGAUGUUCAAUGUUGGAAGCCCUGGAGCGAGCUUGAUCAUCUGGGCUGUGUGUGGCCUGGUGACUCUAUGUGCUGCGCUCACUUAUGCAGAGCUCGGUACCAUGUUCAGAGAAUCUGGAGGUGAAUUCAUCUACAUCCUGAGAAUCUACGGACCCUUACCUGCAUUCUUUCUGGCAUUCACAAAAAUAGUGGUGGUGAAGCCAUCAAGUAUUGUUGCUGUAUCACUGAGUUUAGCUCAGUAUGCUGUCGCUCCAUUUUAUCCAGGCUGCAUGCCACCUACAUUAGUGGUGAAAUGUUUAGCAGCAGCGUGCAUUUUAGUGGUGGCGACCAUCAACAUGCUGAAUGUUCGCUUUGCCAUGACCAUUCAGGUUAUCUUCCUAGUGGCUAAAGUGGCGGGGUUGAUGGUGAUUGUUAUAGGUGGAAUCAUGACCAUGGCCCAAAAUGGCUUAGAAACCCUUGGAAAUCCAGACAUUGCCUUUGAGGGAACAACUUUGGGGAUCAGUACCAUUGGAAUGGCUUUGUAUCAGGGACUCUGGUCUUUUUCUGGAUGGUCUAAUUUAAAUUAUGUUCUUGAAGAGGUGAAAAAGCCAGAGAUAAAUCUCCUGCGGGCAUUAAUGAUUGCCAUCCCACUGGUAACAAUCCUCUACCUGCUGGUCAAUAUCAGUUUUCUGGCCAUCAUGAUGCCUAGAGAGAUAAUGACGUCCAGUGCCGUAGCCGUUACAUGGGGCAAUAAGGUGCUGGGCAGCUGGGGCUGGGUGAUGUCUAUUGCAGCAGCAUUAUCUUCCUUUGGCACGCUGAAUGGAUCAUUCUUCGGUUUGGCACGGAUUUGCCUUGUAGCUGCACGAGAGGGUCACAUGCCAAACAUUCUGUCCAUGGCCCAUGUGCAACGCCUCACUCCCACUCCAGCUCUUGGCUUUACUACCAUCAUUGUCUUCAUUGUGCUCAUUCUUGGCGAUUUCCGACGCAUAAUCAACUUCUUCAGCUUCACAUCCUGGAUCUUCUAUGGAAUCACAAUAUCGGGAUUACUCUACCUAAAAAUUAAAAAUUCUUAUCUUCCUAAUGCAUACAAGGUACCCAUUAUUAUUCCUAUUCUGGUGCUGCUGGUGGCUGUGUUCCUGGUUCUAGCUCCGAUCAUUGACAAUCCGCAGCCUGAGUACCUAUAUGUCACCCUCUUCAUCCUAAGUGGAGUUUUAAUGUAUAUUCCAUUCAUUCACUUCAAACUGUGUCCACACCUACUGGACAAACUCACAGUGUUCCUGCAGCUCUUCCUGGAGGUUGCACCAGCUGAGAAAAAUGUGUAAAACACGACAUCAUUCUUGGAGGCAGAGUUUUUUUAUCUGGGUCCUUAAAAGAGUAUUUCAUGAUUUUAUUACCAGAAUAUUAUGGGUGUUGAGCAUGUAGACUCCAAAUAAACAUUUUUGCAACACAUCAUUGUAAUUAAGUCAAAUAAGGUAAAUAAAUGUAUGCGUAUCUAAACAUGCUUUCAUCGUUCACAAAUGUAAUUAUUUUUAAUGUUUUAUUACAUUCUUUUCAGUUUAAUUAACAAAAGAAAAAAAUACCAAAAAAUAGCACAAAAAAAAUUAUAUAUAUAUAUAGUGCUCCAAAGAUUUCAUAUCCUUGUGUUAGUACAGAAUUGCACUCUGGAAUAAGAAGGAAAGUAAGAGUAAACUUCCAAUAGACAAUAUUGCUAAAAGCAAAAAAUUAUAUAACAUAAUAAAAUGCUAAAUUGCCUUGUUUCUGCUUUAAAUCAGCUAUUUUCUCAUCUUUAUGAUUCCAAAAUAUUUUACAAAUCUGUUAUUAACUCUGGUUGUAAUGUAGUUUUCCUAUUCGUGUGUUAACUGUGUGAUUCACAUAAACAUUGGGCACAAAAACCAAAUUCUUUGUUUGUGUGACAUUUGUUACAAAUAAAUAAUAAGACACGAUUUGUAUUAAGGCUGAUAUAAAUAGUGUACAGGCACACAACUGCUUCUAAAAUGGGCAUCAAAAUCAACUACACUAUAUUAUUUUUGUUUGUUUGUUUGUUUCACUGUGAUAAUAAAAAGAUCACAGUGGAGAGACAUUUUUGCGUCACAAAAAAUAAACAGAAAUGUUGAUGUGGUGCAGUGA